GGUGGAACAUGGGAUCUAGAGACCAGUCCUGAAUUUUCCCACAUCCAAACAGAAACUUCAUAUGCUUUGCACAAAAACAUUUUUUCCAGUGCAUGUGGAUGGAGAGACAUCCAGAGAAAAGAGCAGGACCCUUGGAUCUUUAUUUCAGCUUCUGGGAAGUUGGCCUCUUCGAUUUGUUUUUCUCAAUUUCAUUAGCAUAUUACUUCCCCACUGAACACCAGAACUUUUCAGCUUUGAAGACCACACUCAGAGAAACAGCAUACAUUGAGCUGUGCCUCAGGGACUGAGUGCCCGUGCUGAUUAUGAGUGAGCAGAGUCACGUGAACAGCCUGUUCCUCAAUGAGGAUGCAGCCAAGCGACUCAAUGCGGAGAGCCGGGUGCAGCGCUUCCAGCAGGUGGUACAGAAGCGGGCAGCACGGGCCAGGAAGCGGAUGCACAGCAUUACUGCGGACAGCGUUAAAAGCUUCUUUAGGAGAAAUGCCUUUGUCCUCCUCACCAUUGCAGCAGUCCUACUUGGGAUCAUCCUGGCUUUUUCCCUCCGGCCCUACCAGCUGACCUAUCGCCAGAUCAAGUAUUUCUCCUUCCCUGGCGAGCUGCUGAUGCGUAUGCUCCAGAUGCUGGUUCUUCCUCUCAUUGUCUCUAGCUUGAUUACAGGUAUGGCCUCGCUUGAUGGCAGAGCCUCAGGGAAGAUGGGGAUGCGGGCUGUGAUCUACUACAUGGUGACCACCAUCAUAGCAGUCUUCAUUGGCAUCCUCAUGGUGAUCAUCAUCCACCCAGGAAAAGGAUCUAAGGACAAGCUCCAUCGAGAAGGCAGAGUUGAGCAGGUGCAGACCACAGAUGCCUUCAUGGAUUUAGUGAGGAAUAUGUUCCCACCCAACCUGGUAGAAGCCUGCUUCAAACAGUACAAGACACAGUACACCACCAGGGUCUUCACCAGAACCGUCCUCCACAGCAGCAAUGUCACAGCAGGUGUCACAACCACUCAGAUCUCUGUGCCUGAGAACUUCACCAGUGUCCUGGAGAACGUCACUCAUGCCCUGGGGACCCUCUCCGAGGUGCUGACCUUUGAAGAAGUCAUUCCCAUCCCGGGCUCGGCCAAUGGGGUGAACGCGCUGGGGCUGGUAGUGUUCUCCAUGUGCUUCGGUUUGGUGAUCGGCAGCAUGAAGCAGAAGGGACGGGCCCUACGGGAGUUCUUUAACUGCCUCAACGAAGCCAUCAUGAGGCUGGUGGCCAUUAUCAUCUGGUAUGCCCCAGUUGGGAUCAUGUUUUUAAUUGCCGGCAAAAUCCUGGAAAUGGAUGACUUAGCAGUGAUGGGGGGCCAGCUGGGGAUGUACACGCUCACUGUCAUCGUUGGACUGCUUAUUCAUGCCCUCUGCAUCCUGCCACUGCUCUAUUUCAUCGUCACCCACAGGAACCCUUGGGUAUUCAUUGCAGGGCUUCUGCAGGCCCUCAUCACAGCCCUGGGCACUUCCUCAAGCUCCGCAACGCUGCCCAUCACCUUCAGGUGCUUGGAAGAAAACAAUGGUGUGGACAGGCGUAUCACGAGGUUUGUUCUGCCCGUGGGAGCUACAAUUAACAUGGAUGGUACUGCUCUGUAUGAGGCCCUUGCAGCCAUCUUCAUUGCACAAGUCAAUAACUAUGAACUUGACUUCGGACAGAUCAUCACAAUAAGCAUCACCGCCACGGCAGCCAGCAUUGGAGCUGCAGGUAUUCCCCAAGCAGGACUGGUGACUAUGGUCAUAGUGUUGACCUCAGUGGGGCUGCCAACUGAAGACAUUACGCUGAUCAUCGCUGUGGACUGGUUUCUGGACCGCCUCAGAACAACCACCAAUGUCCUGGGGGAUUCUCUGGGUGCUGGCAUCGUGGAGCAUCUCUCCCGCCAUGAGCUGGACGCACAGGACUGUGAACUUGACUAAACAGACCCAGUUCUUUCAGUAUACCCUCACAGACUAUUUUUCCAACUUAUCAAGAAAGCACUGAAUUCUAAUCCUGAAGAAAUUUGCUGCGUAUGAAGGGUAAUGGAUGACUGAACUGGAAAAAAAGAUUGUGAGACUGGACAUCAGUUCAAAUGUGAAUUAAUUCUGGGAAGUUCUAUGGCCUGGAUUAUACAGAGAGUCAAACUAGAUGAUCAUAAGGGUCCCUUCUGGCUUUAUAAUCUACGCAUAUCCUUUCUGGUUUAGAGAUAUUGCAAAGGGUCCUUUUAGCCAGAUCAUUUUUAAAAAGCUAUCUGGAAGGAUCCUAAUGAUACUUUAAUAAAACUCAGCAGGACUCUAACCUGUUUUCAUGUCACAAAAGGGGCUCUCCAUAUUACAUUGUAUCUCAGAUGUUCCCACAAAGUAGCACACUUCAAGCUUUUCCAUUUGUGAUUUCCUGCUUUCAACAUAAUAUUAAAAAUGGAGCACAGAUAAGUAGAGCCCUCAUUUUCAACUGGUGCAAACCACUCUGCCAUGGGGAAUUUCAGCUGAUAUUUUUUAGCUCUGGCAUUUACCCAUGUUGUUAACCAAUUUAUGAUUGACAUUAUGUCUUUCUUUUUACAGUAUCCAAACAGUAAAUUAAUUUCAG